UAUCCACAUUUUGUGUUCAGUUUAAAAAAAAGUCAACAAUGGAAACUAAUACAACAGCGGCAAGCUAUUUUAAUAUCUUCAUAACUGGACAUUUGGAGUCUGCAAAUUUUCCUCUGGGACCCGAAGCCAAAGACAUAUUUUGUCGAUAUGAAGCAUUCGCAGGACCUGACUGGGAACUUGUAAGCGGCACGAAGAAUGGCAUCACACAAUUGGCAUCUAAUCGAAAUGGGAAUUUCAAUGACCCCAUUGUAUUUAAUAUGCCCAUAGAGUUGACCUAUCGUAGUACAAAUGUUUUUGGAUGGCCGCAACUAAUAGUCUGUGUUUAUGGGCGCACACGGUGGGGAAUAGAGACCUCACUGGGAUAUAGCCGUCUUCAUGUUCCAGUUUUUGGUAGUGGAACUAAUCAACGUAUUGUAGCGCCCAUAUUGAAACCACGCUGCAGUAAUGCAAUGGCUGACGUUACUAGUUGGAUAACUGGACGAAAUCCGGAGCUAAAGGAUUCAAAAAUAUUGCUUGAUAACACCAAAACUAAGGGAUUAUCUAUAGAGUCGUAUGGAGAAAUCGAAUUUGUGCUCAACGUUAUAACCAGAGGUUCGGCCCGUCUAGGUUUAGAAUACUAAUAAGCUAUGCACAUUUAGUUUAGUGAAACAAUUAUGUUUUAUCGUUUAAUAAAUUUUUUAUUAAUAUUAUA